GCCCCGCCCGCCCGGGAAGAUGGCGGACGGCGGGGCUGCUCCCGCGCAGCGGGAAGGGGACGUGUCCGCGCCGGCGACCGGCGGCGUCCGGAGGGACCGGCAGCCUCGGGGCGGCGGCCGCCCGCCCAGCGCCCGGGACUUGCAGUUGGCCUUGGCAGAGUUAUAUGAAGAUGAAGCUAAAAGGCAGUCAUUGUGUCCUGAAAAAACAACAACUACGAAGAUCAGUAACACAAAAGCAUCACAGAGUCUUAAAAUUGAUUCUCUUAGAAGGCUGAGAAAACCAGAGAGAAGCAUGAGCGAUGACAAAGAAAACCAAAGAUUUUAUUCAGGUGACUCAGAAUAUAGAGGAUUACAGAUUUCUGGGGCUUCUAAUAAUCCAAGUAAAAUUGUUGCUGAACUCUUCAAAGAAGCAAAAGAACAUGGGGCUGUCCCAUUAGAUGAAGCCUCAAGAGCAUCUGGUGAUUUCAGUAAAGCUAAGUCAUUUUCUGGUGGUGGAUAUAGAUUGGGUGAUUCAUCACAAAAGCACUCUGAAUAUAUAUAUGGAGAAAAUCAAGAUUCUGUCUUCAUAGGAGAGGUGCUCCAGCCCUCUGAUCAUCUUCGUGGCCCUUCUCUGGACUCACUUCAACAGCUCCAUGUCCUUCCUGUACUGGGAGCUCCAGAACUGGACACAAUCCUCCAGGUUCAAAUUUUGCUGAAACUGUGGAGGAAUGGCUUCAGUUUAGAUGAUGGCGAGUUGAGAUCCUAUUCAGACCCAACAAAUGCUCAGUUUCUUGAGUCUGUUAAAAGAGGGGAAAUUCCUGUGGAACUGCAACGACUUGUUCAUGGUGGCCAGGUUAAUUUGGAUAUGGAAGACCACCAAGAACAGGAAUAUGUGAAGCCUAGACUGCGAUUCAAAGCUUUCAGUGGAGAAGGGCAAAAACUUGGAAGCCUUACACCUGAAAUAGUCAGCACACCUUCUUCCCCAGAGGAGGAGGAGAAGUCCAUUCUUAAUGCGCCUGUUCUGAUUGAUGAUUCCAUGCCAGCAACUAAAAUUCAAAUUAGAUUAGCAGAUGGAAGCCGAUUAAUACAACGAUUUAAUCAAACACACAGGAUUAAGGAUAUUCGAGAUUUCAUUAUCCAGUCCCGUCCAGAAUUUGCAACAUCUGAUUUUGUUCUCGUGACUACCUUUCCAAAUAAAGAGCUAACAGAUGAAAGCCUGACACUACAAGAAGCAGAUAUACUUAACACUGUGAUUCUUCAGCAAUUAAAGUAAUCUUGCAGUUGUUGGUACAAGGUAGGGAGCGAACUGUAUUGUCAUACAAGAGGUUGCCAGCAGAUGGAAAAAGAAAAGCUCCGUGUCUUUUUAUGUCACCAUUUCUGUGGAUCACAUUUUUGGGUUUCAUGUCUUCCAGCUAUAGCAUAUCAAACUUUUUCAUUUCAAUUUCUCAACAUUGUUCAACGUUUUUUCAAUGUUAAAGGUAAGCUUCCCUAUGUUUGUAUGUUUCAAAUCACAUCUUGUACUAAAUGUGAAAUGAGAUAUGACUUUAUGACUUUGUUAUUUUGAGGAGGGUGGAGGGACAAGCAUUUUUCUGAAUGGGACAGUGUCUUUCAUACAGUUGGUAAGAUUUGCACUAUGGAAAUGUCUUAUGCUGCAUUGAUAAACAGCCAUUUGAAAACUUAGCCUGCAGGUUAUAUUUACCUUCCAAGCUGUAUUAAUAUUAAGGUGUUCUGUUUAAUAGAUUAACAGAUAAUUAAUGGCCUACUGUAAUUUUUGUAUAUUCUAUUUGUAGUAUUUCGUGGUGCAGUAGAGUAUUUAUCUUCUAGUUUUUCUGUAAUUUUCCCUGUAUCAUUGCUCAUACGAGAGUAUCGGUUCAGGAGAUGCAAACCUCAGCUACUACA